UUUUACUUGGUAGUGUAAUGCGUGUAUAUUAUGUGACUAAUAAAGCCUUCAAGGCUUAGUUCGCGCGAGAUUCAUACGCAUAUAAGACGUUCAAUCGAUUCUUUGUUGCGUUAAAUCGUAAAUCGUAACUCGUAAUAUUAAAUUAAAAAAAAACAUGAAAUAAAAAUAAAGAAAAAAUUGUCUUUGAAAAUACUUUGACGUUAUUUUUGGCGCGAAUUGGCAUUUUUUUUUAGGUUAUGUUUUUGUUAAUUUUAUUGAUUUAGUGAUUUGUUUUUUCGUAAAAAUGGGUAGAAGAAUUGGUGUGAAUGUGAUUUUUGUAUUAUUUUGUUUAAUUAAAGUGGUUUUGCUACAAGGAACUGGUUCUGGGAACGAUGGCAACUUGCGCCUGUGCAUAGUGGAAGGGCGGGGGCUAUACAAGCGAGCGCCCACACAUUGCCCAAUACUGGACAAGGAGAAAGCUGGAGUCGAAUGCGUCUUGGGAACCGACAGACUGGACUGUCUCCGGCGUAUCAGCAAAGGGACGGUGGACUUCGGAGUGUUCUUCCCCGAGGACCUGGUGGCUGCGCAGUGGGCCAACAUCGAUGUGUUGGUUACAAACGAGCUGAGAUUGAGAUCUAGACCAUUCGCCCGCAACAUAGUAGCGGUAGUCAACCGCCGCAUCCUGCCAGACGACUCGUCCACUCUGCAUGCUGUGCUGAAGAACUCCACGCUCUGCCACCCUGGAGAGUCCAUGGAUUACCUCCGACCACUAAGCGAGACCUUAUCUGCGUACCUAGAAACUCUAGUCCUGGAACGAUCGUGUGACCCGUCCCGGUCUCACACGGAGAACCGGCUGAAGGCGCUAGCAGACUUCUACGGGAAGGCGUGCAAGGCAGGACCCUGGGUACCGGACAAGAAUAGAGACGCUGAACUUAAACGCCAAUAUCCGUCUCUAUGCGCGGCGUGUGCCAAGACCUGCAUGGCUGGCGACAUCUACUGGGGAAACUCUGGAGCCCUCACCUGCCUCACUGAUGGCGUUGGGGACGUCACGUGGGGGGAGGCUGAUGAUGUCAAGAGUUAUUUUAAGAUCCAGGAAGGUGAGCCCCUAACUGGUUAUGAAAACUUCGCGUACCUCUGUCGGGAUGGGACGUGGCAAGACCUGACUUCGGAGCCCUGCAUAUGGUUGAGGAAACCAUGGAACGUCAUCGUUGCUAAGAGGAAAGCAUCAGAAGCGGUGAGCAAAUUGACGCAGUCCUUGACAAAUAGCUCCGUAACCGUGGAUCAGCACUGGAGGGGGGCUCUUGCUGCGUUACUGGAGAGCAACCAGGCAUUGCCGGAGCCUCUCCAUCCUCCCAGGGCUCCCAUGGACUAUCUGGCUCAGGCUCAAGGGUUCAGGGAGGCGUACAGCCAAGCUGGUUGUGAUCCGCCUAGACACAUUAACUUCUGCACGACCUCACUCCUGGCUAAAAACAAAUGCGAGUGGCUCAGCGAGGCGGGCGCAGUCUACGGCAUAGCGCCGCCUCUCCAGUGCAUCAUGAGGGCUUCCACUGAGGAGUGUCUGAAGGCAGUCUCCGAUGGAGAUUCUGAUGCUACUGCCGCUGAUAGCGACUGGCUUGUGGCUGGGAUGAGAGAUUACGCCCUAAAACCAAUUCUACACGAAAUAACACCAAUCAUGGAGCAAACAGGCUCAAUAGUAGCCUACGUGAAUAAGGACUCAGAAAUAACCAAAAUGGCAGAUUUGCGUGGCAAACGCGCCGCUUUCCCGCGCUAUGACGGGGCUGCGUGGCAUUCUGUUAAGGACUAUAUAACCAAACAUGAAAAGAUGUCUUGCAAAGACUAUGUUGAGGGCUAUUUUAAGGAAAUCUGUGCUCCUGGUAUGGAUGGGAAGAAAUGCUAUGAGGUUGGUGAGGAGGAGGCUCUCAAAUCCCUCUUGGAUGGCAAGAGUGAUGUUGCUUUCGUCAGUAUGAAGACUUUUAAUAGUUUUAAAGAAACCAACGCAGCAUCGGAAAACCUCGAGAAAAUCGUCCCCCUCUGUCCUGAAGGCAACAAAAAGUUCUGCUUCGUAAGCUGGUCCAACUUGGGCCACAUAUUUGUGGCCAACAACCUCACCAACAUUCGGAGACACGAGAUCAUAAACGUCUUCACAAAGUUGGACCAAUUGUUUGGCAAACAUCCACCUUUCCACAACGCCAUGUUUUCCAUGUACGGCUCUUUUAACCACGAAAUGGAAGUGAUUUUCCAUUCAAACACUAAGAGUUUGGCUACAAUUGAUGUUUUAUCCACUCAUCCAUACAACAAAAUCCCAUACAAUUUCGAAUUAGCAAUGUCAAAUGUGACAGAUUUCUCGUGCGGGUUUGGCGCCAAAACGACGCCAUCUUUGAUUUUGUUGUUGGUAACUCUAGUCGUUUAUUUAAUUAAUAGUUAAUAUUAAUUUUGUUAUUAACAAAAAGGCUUCGUGAUUUAAGUAAAUAAAUAAAUAAAUGUACAGAUUUUUCUAUUUUUC